AAUUCGUCUUUCAAAGCACGUGACGAUCGAUGCCUGGCCGACCGCGAGUAGUGAGAGUGAAGUCCGAUGAUGCAGCCGCGGAGCCUGCACGCCCGACGCAGCGCCGUGAAGCCGUGAGCUACGUGCGCAAGAUGGAGAUUGUGGCACACUACGAGACACAUAAUAGUCUGGACGAGACGGUGGCGCUCUUCUUCCCGGACGCGCCGGCGUCGCAGGUGCGCGCCAAAAAGCAGCUUGUCAUGCGCUGGAAGCGCGAACGCGCCAAGAUCGCGGCCAUCUGUGAGGCCGGUGGAGGCCGAAAGACCAACGACCGCAAGUUCGGCAUGGGCGCCACGCUGUCGGCUGAAGCUGAACAGCGUAUUGUCGACUGGAUGCACUCAGAACAGGCAGCCGGCCAUGUCGUGUCGGCCAAGCGUCUCACCGAGCGCGCUAUGCAGGCGGCACAAGAGGACAAACUGCAUCCGGACAGCUUCAAGGCUUCGUGGACGUGGAGACAGUCAUUUCUGCGGCGACACGGCUUCACGCAGGGCGCGCAGAGAGGACAGACCAUACCAGACACAGACUCUGCACCCGAUACUGUGCCGGACACAACGAAAACAGAUACAGCAAUAACAACUUUGUAGAGCAGAUAGAUAGAUUGAGUGUUGUUAUUAAACUUGAGUAGCUGAGGGCGCGAUGAAGGUUAGUAGUAGUAGACUCCGGCCUUCACCAUGGCGCUUGCGAAGCGUGUCUCCUCGCAGCUUUUAUUUGGCAUCCGCUUGGUGAUUAUUGUAGGCGGGUACCAGCCCAUAGUAAUGGAGUCUGUAACAGGUGCUAGGGCCUUGUCACGUGGAUCCUUCUCCAUACGCUGGUGCUUUACCAGCUUGGCUCGAAAGUCAAGGUUGGACACGAACUCACGUGUCGGAAGGCCGUUUUUCAGGUACGCGUUGUGAGCGGAAGCGGCCGCCAUGGACUGCGAGUGGCGACAGAUUUCGUCCAUUUGGGCUAGGAACGUGGCCAGGUCGAUUGACUGGGAGCUGCCAGCGCCGUUCUGUAGACGAAAGGCUUGCCCAACGAGCGUUCGGGCGCUGCCAGGCACGUUGUCGACGCCUUUCGGGCAUUUGUAGAGAUACCGCAACAUGACUGGUAACUGUGAUAUUGUAAUGGUGGCCGAAUCUAGCUCGGCAUUCGCGGCUUUGACAUCUUCCUCGCUUUCGGAAUACAGCGAGAAACCAGGUCGAUAAGUCUGCAUGAAGGCGUCUUGGAAGUCACGUCCCUGGAACGUGUGGAUCGGAGUCUCUUUCACCGGGUCGAACGAACCUUGCGAGCCGAGAAAAGUGAGGCCGAAGAAGGCAGACAUGUUGGUGGAGCCUUGGGUUGAAGAAAAUGAGGUAAAUCACGAUGGACUGAGCUGGAUAAAUGUGGAGUGCAUGCGAGUAUUUAAGCAAUCGCGCUACAAAUAGUUCUGUGAGAUGAUAACGGCCAAAAUAAAUGCCAAGUACGAGAAGUAAGUUUGGUUACAAGUUGGAGCG